UACACGCUCCAGUAUCGACGGAAACUUAACCUCACUAUCGUGGAACGUCAACUGUACAUUCAGUCACACGAAAUGUCAUGGGAAUGUCUUAAAGGACAAGUAACGUUAAGAAUACUGACAUUCGUCGAGCGUUAAUCUGUCUUACGCAACGAAACAGACUUAUAUUAUUAAUAAUAACGAUAAGAUUACUCCCGUUUAGUCGCGUUGCGUCGCGUAAUGAACGCGAAACAGCGCGUAACGAUGCCUCCUCGACUUGUGCUGAGAACGAGCGUAGACCACGUACGGACUAGAACGUUCAUACAUUAGUUUCUUGUGAAUCAAAGUGGCGUACGGUCACACGGUGAAACGAACGCGUUAUUCGAACCUGCUUGUUCCACUGCUGUCUCCGCAAGCUGUAUUCGUUCCACGAUUUCGUCGCGUUUCGUGACAGUUUACGAUUACCGAAAUAUGGGCACUGAUUCGAACGGGACAUACUUAGGGCUAGAUCUCAGCACGCAGCAGUUGAAAGCGGUAGUCGUUGAUAAUAAUCUCGCCGUUCUCCACGAAACCAGUGUACAAUUCGACAAUGAUCUGCCAGAAUUUAGAACAUACGGAGGAGUCGUUCAGAAAAAGGAGGAGCAACAUGUGGUGGUGGCACCCACUUUGAUGUGGGUUAAGGCCUUAGAUAUGAUUCUCGAUAAAUUGCGAGUAUGUGGUGUCGAUUUUAGCAAAGUGGUCGCCAUUUCAGGAUGUGCACAGCAACAUGGCACAGUUUACUGGGGCAAGGGCAGUCGAAAUCAUUUGCAGCGAUUGGAUCCUGCAAAAUUUUUACACGAACAGCUCCUCACAUCUUUUUCGGUGACACAGUCACCCGUGUGGAUGGAUUCCAGCACGACUAAGGAAUGCAACGUUUUGGAAGAAAUCGUGGGCGGCCCUCAUAAAUUGGCGGAGAUAACGGGAUCUCGAGCGUACGAAAGGUUCUCAGGACCUCAAAUAGCAAAAAUAGCUCGCAGGAGACCGGAAGCCUACAACAAUACUGAGCGAAUCUCUUUAAUUAGCAGCUUUGUGGCGUCUUUAUUUUUGGGCGACUUCGCGCCCAUCGAUUGGUCCGAUGGAUCUGGAAUGAACUUGUUAAAUAUUCAUACGAAAGACUGGGAUGAAGUGUUGCUAGAGGCUUGCGCUUCAGGUUUGAGAGAAAAGCUAGGUAAACCUGUUUUCUCGUGCAGCGAUAUCGGCCCAAUUUCAUCCUAUUUCGUAGAAAGAUUCGGCUUCGACGAGGCAUGCAGGAUAAUUGCGUUCACGGGUGACAAUUCAGGUUCUCUGAUAGGAAUGAGACUGAAGGAAGGAGAUAUCGCUUGCAGUUUGGGAACGAGUGAUACUUUGUUUUUGUCAUUGAACAAACCGAAGACUGUCUUGGAAGGACAUGUAUUCUGCAAUCCAAUUAACGAAAAUGCUUACAUGGCAUUACUUUGUUUUAAAAAUGGAUCUCUAACUCGAGAAAGAAUACGGGACACCGCAGCUCAGGGUUCUUGGCAAAUUUUUAAUGAGUUAUUGGAAAGCACGCCACGUGGUAAUUUCGGAAAUUUGGCGUUAUACUUCGAUGCACAAGAAAUAUUACCGUUCGUCAUCGGUGAUCAUAGAUUCAACAAAGCUAACGAUGAGAUUUCGCGGUAUAGCUCGAAAGAGGUUGAAGUGAGAGCUUUAAUCGAAGGUCAAUUCGUCGCGAAAAGAGCUCAUGCUGAAGACUUUGGUUUUGUUAUUGGGCCUAAUACACGCGUCAUUGCAACAGGAGGUGCGUCUACAAACAAAGCCAUACUACAAGUGCUUUCCGAUGUUUUUAAUUCCCCGGUGUAUAUAUCGGAGAUAGCUAAUUCGGCGAUGAUGGGAGCAGCCUAUCAAGCGAAACACGGUUUGUUGCGAAACGAAUGUAACUUUGAUGAAAUAACACGAUGCUUGCCAGAACCGAAGCUAGUAUGUCAUCCCUACGAUGACGCAGAAUCAAUAUACAAAUCGAUGGUCACACGUUAUCGGAAAAUAAUAGAGCAAAUUAAAAAGAAAACAAAUUCGAAGUAGAAUAUGUAGGUGAUAUUACAUAUUCAGAUACAAGCAUUUAAAACGAAGAGGCCUUCACAAUGCAUAAUGUUAGCUUAAGAAAAGAAAAAAGAUAGGAAAACGUUCUCGCAUUUAAUGCAUUUCUUGUUGAUAUUUUUAGAUUUUUAUACAACAUUUUAUGAGCAUUUUUUAGAAGCUUUUAAGCUUUAAAUAUUAAAAUUUUAAUUGAUUUGAAUUUUAGUAAGUCUUCUUUACUUCCUUUUUAACCUUUAGAGUAUGGAGCCUAGCUUGGAAUAGUAAAUGACAAAAAUCGCUUAAAUCCUACAGUAAAAAUUUAUUAGAAUAGCCCUUAAAAUUCAUUUUCUGAUAUUUUAUUAUUAUAUUAAAAUUUAACGUCUGUUUCUAUAAAAAUAGUACAUUUUAGUAGUCUCGAAGCCCUCCAUUCCGUACUCUAAAGGCUACAAAAAAGUUUUUAACACGUUGACUGUCGUGGACGUCAUCAGUAAGAUUCAAAUUUUGUACAGUCAAGUCAUUAGUAGAAACAGGAGUUCAAAACUAAAGUAAUGUUUCGAAAUCUCAAUAUUCUAAUCUUCCAAAAUCGUAAAAUUCAAAUAUUACAAAGUUCCAAAGUCUAAAAUUAAUUGUAUGAAUAAUAAUUAUAAUUAAUAUCUUAAUGCCUUAUAACGCAUAUUCACUUUGACUUCGUCAAUCAACGUGUUAGAAAAUAGUGCAACAAAAGCAGAUUUUAUUGCUGAAAAACAUACUAAACAUUAAACGUUUAUAUAUUUUGCAACUGCUCUUCGAAUAUUUUAUUAAAUAACUAGUUAAAUAUCAAUCGCUAAUGCCUUACUGAUAAAAGUACAAGGUAACCUAAGUGCAAUUUUUAAAAUAAUAACUGAGCUUAUAACUCGGAAACUAAUUUUGUAUUUGUAUAUUUAUAAAUUUUAUUAUAUUAUACAAG